AUGGCUCAACAAGAGCAACAACGUUUUAUUAAUCGAUUGGCAAACGAAAAAUCAUCGUAUUUGCAACAACAUGCUCAUAAUCCAGUUAAUUGGUAUCCGUGGAGUCGAGAAGCAUUUGAAAAGUCACGUACCGAAAAUAAACCGAUAUUUCUUUCGAUUGGUUAUAGUACUUGCCAUUGGUGUCACGUUAUGGAACAUGAAUCUUUUGAAAAUAAUGAAAUUGCAAAAAUACUUAAUGAUCACUUCAUAGCGAUUAAAGUCGACCGAGAAGAACGCCCUGAUGUUGACCGAGUCUAUAUGACAUAUUUUCAAGCAACACAAGGUGGUGGUGGCUGGCCAUUAUCAGUUUGGCUUACUCCACAAUUACAACCAUUUUUUGCUGGAACAUACUUUCCACCGAGUAGUGAUCGUCGAUAUAAUCGCCCUGGUUUUAAAGAAAUUUUACUCAAUCUCAAUGAAGUAUGGUCAACAAAAUCAAAUGAUAUUAUUGAUGAAAGUAAAGAUGCAAUUGAAAAAUUAACAAAAGCUAUUGAAAAACAAGCUGCUAGUACUGAAACUGAUCCUGAUUUACCGUCCAAUACCAGUAUACAAACAUGUUUUGCUUAUUUUGCCAAUGAUUUUGAUGAUGAUAAUGGAGGUUUCGGCACACAUCCGAAAUUUCCUCAACCGGUGAAUUUUAAUUUUCUAUUAACACAUGCUGCCUUAAAUCAUCAAGCCAAUGGAAAAGUGGAUACUUCUCAAUUGGCUAUUGAUAUUACCAAAAUGACAUUACAGAAAAUGUCCUUAGGUGGUAUCAAUGAUCAAAUAGGCAAAGGGUUUCAUCGAUAUUCAACCGAUGAUCGAUGGCAUGUACCACAUUUUGAAAAAAUGCUUUACGACCAAGGACAACUUGCUGUAUCACUAGCUGAUACAUAUGCUAUCACCAAAGAUGAGCUCAUUGGUCAAACAUUACGAGAUUUGAUUUCGUAUGUUGAACGUGAUUUACGUCAUAGUAAACAUGGAGGUUUUUAUUGUGCUGAAGAUGCUGAUUCAUUGUCGAAGGAAAGUGAUAAGAAGAAAAAAGAAGGUGCAUUUUAUGUUUGGAAUUAUGAUGAAAUAUAUAAAAUUUUACCUGAAAAACAUGCUGAUAUUUUUUGUUAUUAUUAUCAAUGUGAGAAAAAUGGAAAUGUUGAUCCAAUGCAAGAUCCUCAUGAUGAAUUAAAAGAUCAAAAUGUUCUAAUAACAAAUGGUGAUCUUCAAUCUGUGGUUGAAAAAUUUAAACUUGAAAAUAUAAAUCAAGUAAAAGAAAUUUUAACUAAAUGUCAUGAAGUUCUUCUUGCUUAUCGUAAUGAAAAUCGACCAAGACCACAUCGUGACGAAAAAUUUCUUGCUUCAUGGAAUGGUCUUAUGAUAAGUGGUUUAGCUCGUGCUGCUUGUGUACUUCAAGAACCUAAAUAUACUCGACUAGCUGAACAAACUAUUGCUUUCAUUCGUACUCAUUUGUUCGAUUUACCAUCAAAACGACUUCUACGCGCAUGCUAUAUUGAUCAUAGCACAAAUCAAAUUGAAUAUACAGAAUCAAAAGUAAACGGAUUUUUGGAUGAUUAUGCUUAUGUUGUACAAGCGUGUAUUGAUUUGUAUGAAGCUAAUUUCGAUGAAGAACUUCUGAUAUUUGCUUAUGAAUUACAAAAACAACAAGAUGAACAUUUUUGGGAUUCAACUAAAAACCUAUAUUUAAGUACAGACGGCAAAGAUUCUUCAAUCAUUUUAAAUCUCUCCGAAGAUCAUGAUGGAGCUGAACCAUCACCCAAUGGAAUAGCUGCAUUGAAUCUACUUCGUCUAGGACAUUAUUUUGAUGACACCUCGUUUGAUAAUCGUCUUCGAUUGUUAUUUAAAUCGUAUGCUCGUCGAUUAAAUAAAUUGCCAAUGACUAUGCCAUCAUUAAUUCGUUGUUUCGAAAUAUAUAGUCACGGAAUGAAUGAAAUUAUAAUUCAAUCAUCAAAUAAAGAAGAAGUUCAACGUAUUAUUCAAUAUAUUCAAACAUUAUUCAUUCCAAAUGUGACAGUAAUUCAUUUGAACAAAACGAAUCAUAAACUUCUUCAAUACAAUAAACAAUUAAAAUCUUUUAUCAAUGAAAUUACUGAAGAAACUAAAAUUUUUCUCUGUCGAAAUUUUCAAUGCCAAUUACCUGUAACAGCAUUUGAAGAAUUUAAAAAGAAACUCGAUCCUUUGAAUUUCAUAUAUCAAUAA